AUGAUGCUAGCCGGUGUUCAAAUUGUGGAAAAUCAAAGUGUGUCGUAUAAGUCUGAAGGGACGGGAAAUAUGGAGGGUGAUGGACGGUCUUCGUUAAGUACACCAUCAAUUCCUUCACAUUCUUCAAAGUGCCCGACACCUUCACAGGAGCCUAGGGGACUGUCCCGCGUUCCCAACCGGGAACCGGUGGAUAUUCAGUUCAACAACAUAACUUGUACCGUCAGUCUCGGAAUUAAUAAGGGUAAGUUUUUCAAUAAGCGUCUCAAUGAGUCUCAUAUUAUUAACACAUAG